AUGCCCAAUGCUUUGAGCGCUUCCCAUGAAGCUCUGAUCACCCUAGCCUUCAUCGACCUGUCACCAUAUCCUGGAACCAUCCUCAAAGCGAUAUUCGAUCUCGAUCUCGAUACAGUUCCCGCCGCCGGCAAACGCGUUACUCUCGCCAUGGCAUCACUGACCUCGUUCGAAGACCUAGCGCAUGAACUGCAGGUCAUGGUUUGCAGCAUGAUGACGCCGCAAACAUUCGCUGCGUUCAAAAUGACAAGCAAAACAAUGACCAAGAGAUUUGAAAAGUUCAAGUUCCCUGCGCAAGCCCAGCUCUACAAUGAAGAAGUCCGAGAGGUGAUCAAGCUCUUGGACUCAUCAUACACGGCUCUUGGACAAGCAAUCGUUCUUCACAAUCUAUCAUUCGGAGCCGAACUCCCUACAAAUCUCCUUACUUUCUGUCGAGAGAUUGUGACAGAACACGGCUAUCCCCCCUCACUGGCCUUUCAGGUCCUCAACCGUGCACAGCCUGACAUUUUCAGACUGGCUUGGAGCCGGCUUGACAUUAUUACAGAUUCGGAAAUCCCAGACGGGCUGAAAUGCACACAAUGCUACCUGAACGCGGAGCCGGGUUUUGCACCGGGAUACCGAGGCAUACUUACCGGCUGGGAAAAUGAGAAGACGGCAACACUGUGCGAAAAAUGUGGUGAUGUUUCGAUAUAUCUCAACGACUGCCAUAUGGACGAAGAACCAGAGUGGUGCUGGGAAAGGACACUCACACGGACCUGCAAAACUUGCUUUGCCGACGUCAAGGACAGAUUCGACCAUAUUAGGGCCUGGAAGAUGCUUCAUGCCGGGGUGCGGACGUUACAGGCGGCAAUGGGACAGAUCAGUGAUAGCAGCGGUGCAUGCACGACACCACCAACCAUGCCUGGGUUAUCGGCCAUGCAAAUCCAAUGGCUCGAGCAGAACGCCAACACCACGGACAACUGA